AUGGCGGAGUGGGAUGCUAUAUAUUGCCUCCUCGCAUCUCAGGCCAUCCCGAGCAUGAAGCGCGUGCAUGAAUUGGCAUACAGGGUGAUAGUUCUUGACUCGGACCUCCAAACCUGUUCCUCCGAACACUACACCGAAGCAUUCAUACGGAUCAGACUAUCGACAUGGAUGAGGCGGCUCCGGACGCUGCAUGAAGGGGUGCUCGCGAAUCGACUACUGGUCCAGUUCUCCGAUGAUCUGUUCGACGUGCGCGUGGGAGAGAGACAUUCGAUGACGAUUUUGCGAGAAUACUGUAUUCAUUCGAUCCGCCCACCUGCGACGCGGAAAGCUUCCACUGGAGAUUCCGUCUGCUGA